UCAAGAUAGUAAUAAUAACGUAUAAAGUCUGUUAAAUUUUGGCUCAAUUGUUUUCAUUAUUUUUUAUUACAUUUUUUAACACGUUUUAACAGUAAAUAUCUUCAUAUUGUUGAAUAAAUCUAAUGUUGUAGCAUUGCUAAGACAGUUUUAAACCGAUCACUUGUAUUGAUUAUGUUGCUGGGAAGCAAAUAUUUGUCUUUAUUGGUUUUGAGUUGGUUGAUUACUUUUCAGUUAAUCGGCGUCAAUGGGGUUAUAGAUCCUAUCACGGGAAGUCUUGUAAUUGGAACUGUAAUUGCGGGAUACUUCUUUAAAGAUAAUAUUCCAUUUUUUAGUAAAUGUCCCAAAACGUUUGAUUUGCAAGAACUCGAAAAAGACAUGAAUAAUAAAGUUUUUGGUCAACAUCUUGCAUCAAAAAUUAUUUUGUCUGCUUUAAAAGGCAAUUCUAAUCGUAUCAAGUAUAACAAAAAACCGUUAGUAAUGACUUUUCAUGGCUGGACAGGUUCCGGUAAAAAUUUUAUCUCUGAAUUAAUAGCUAGUCAUAUGUUUAGAGAUAACAAAGUUAAAAAAUUACGAUAUUAUCUAAUAAACAGUCAUUCCGAUUUUCCACUAGGCACAGAAACAACUGCAUUUAAGUUAAAACUUCAUGCCACUAUUAUAUCUGCUAUAAAAUCAUGCAAUACAAAUUUAUUUGUUUUUGAUGAACUUCAGUAUAUACCUAUAGGUGUAUUGGAUAUAAUAAUACCUAUUCUUGAAAAUCAUGACACAUCAAUUGAUUCUAGAAAUUCAAUUUUUAUAUUUUUAACUAAUGCUGGUGCUGAUGCUAUAGUAGAGAAAACUUUAGAUCAUUGGCGUAAAGGAUAUGCUCGAAAUCAAUUAACAAUUCAGGAUUUUGACAAAAUCUUACAAGUAUCUGCAUUCAAUGAAAUAGGAGGAUUGAAGAAGAGUCAUUUGAUAGAUUCCCAUAUUAUUGAUCAUUAUAUUCCAUUUUUACCACUUGAAAAAAAUCAUGUUUUACAAUGUAUUCAUGCAGAGUUGAGACAAUUAAAUCAAUCUAUGGAUUCCGACAAUAUAAAUAAAAUAUUGCAGAUGAUUCCAUUUGGCCCGAAACCUGAAACAUUGUUUUCUACUUCUGGUUGCAAGAGAAUUAAUGCUUUAGUUACAACACAUUUGAAUUAAGUUCACAAUUUGGAAGUACAUUAA